AUGAGUGCAAAAAGAAUAUUUGUUAAAAAAGAUCAACAAACCUCUGAUGAUGAUGACAAGGAUCAAAAAGUUGUCAUCAAUUCACUGGAUUACGAUUCAUUAGCACAAAUCUUCAUGUUGCUGCCAGUACCAGAAAGGAUAGACAUUGAAGGAGUCUGUGUCAAAUGGAAAGAGGCAUGUCAACUAUCUUGGUAUAACACUAAAAAAUACAAAUGUGAAUCAUCAAUUGGACGUUCUUAUGAUAACUCAAAUACAAUCGUUGAAUAUUGCAAGAACUUAAAACAUUUGAGCAUACUCAAUGGUCAUGACAUAAUGAAUAAAACUGCUUUAAAAAAAUUAACAGAGCUGGAAAAUCUUGAGUGUUUAUUAUUGCACAAUUGCAUGAAACUCAGUGAGGAAUCAAUAAUUGAAAUUUCAAACAACUGUAAAAAACUUAAACGUUUAGAAAUAUCUUCUCGUUCUUUUUAUAAUGACCCUCUUUCUUUUCCGUCUGAUCUUGAUGAAAUAUCAAAGUUACAAUAUCUUGAACAUUUAAAAUUGUGUAUCGAAAAAUAUCUUGAAGAUAGUACAAUUAUUGCCAUUGCUAACAAUUGUAAAAAGCUAAAAAGUUUAGAAAUCCGAGGUAGCAGUGCUAUUACUGAAACAGCUCUCGUUGCUUUAACAAAGUUGAAAAAUUUACAAAAACUAGAUGUAAGCUUUCUUGAUAUUACAGACAGCUUCAUUGAUAAAUUGAAAGGAUUAAAAGAAUUGCAUUGUGAUCAUUGCAAGAAGCUUACUGAAGCUGGGGUCAUUCAACUUAUAAAAAAUAACCCAGAUCUUAAAGACAUAAGUGUUUGGGGUAUAGAUAAUAUUACAAUCAACCUGGUUAUUGAUGCUGAUCAAGUAACUAAGAAUCGUACAAAUGGUAUUAUUUUACACAUACGAAAAUUUGAUUCGGUACUAACACAAGCUUCUAAGUCAAUUAUUAAAUCUCAAUGGUUGGUUGUUGAAUAG